GUUGGUUUUCUUUCUGCAGGUAUCACUUCGCUAGCUUCGUGCUGCAAAAGUUGUUUAUGUUGGCCUAAGUGUCCGACGGGUACUGAACGCAGCCAUUGAAACGUGUGUACGAAAGUAAGAAGUACUAACGCCGGUAUUAAGGUUGUCUGUUGAAAUAAAGUCAUCAUGACUACAGAAGUAGUUCCCACAAUCUUUGUCAAAGGACUCCCUCAAGAAUGUACUCAAGCUCAAAUAAGGAAGUUUUUUGGCGAUUAUGGAAAAGUGGUGGGCAUCAUGUUCAAGUAUGGGCCAGAUGCAAACAGAGUAAAAGGAAUUGCAUUUGUUAAUUUUGAGAGCCAAGAAGAUGCUGACAAGUUGAUUGAGGAGAAGUUUGUUACUAUGGAUGACAUUAAGCUGGAAAUUAGGAAACCAAAAGAAGUCAAAGGAAGUAGUAACCAAGAUGAACCAAUUAUUUCUGUUCCCAGAGAGGCUCUGAGUUGCUAUGUUUGUAAAAAGGAUAAAUUCCCAUCUCUUCGGAUAUUCUUCAAUCACAAACAAGGGAAGCAGCAUCGAUUUCUGCUCAAGAUGUUUAGAGCAAAAAGUGCUUCAGUACUUCAGCUUUUGAGAGCAGAGUCAAAGCUGGCAUCUGAUCGUCUUUAUGACAUGAAGUGGGUAAAAGAGAACCCCAGUAAAGAGAGACCAUACUGUGAUGUGUGCCAGGUUCAGAUCAACUACAAUCCUGUUAGACAUGAAAAAUCACCAGAGCAUAAGAUGGUUGUAAGUUAUAUCAACAAGAAGUGCUGUGACAUUGAGUUCACUAACAGAAAUAAAUAUGAAAUUCAUUUACUCUCUCUCAAGCAUCUUAAGAAUGUUUAUGAAAAGAAGCAAAAGAGUAUCUUGGAUAAGGGCGAAGAGAGACUUACAAUGAAGAAGGCUAUAGAUAUUUACAAGCAGUGUGACCAGGAUCUGAAAGAACUGAAAGAAAAAUAUCCUGAUCUUGAUCUCAACAAAGAGCUACCUCCUUUUGACAAUACACCUAUUGGGUUAAAUCACAUCGUAAAGAAGAUUAACUAUUAUUGCAUAUGCUGCGAUCAGAAGUUCUUUGCCAAUGUAAACUUUGUUAAGCCCCACUGUCGUUCCUACAGCCAUUACUCAAACAUGGUAGAUUUUAUUUCUGAAAUUGAGAAAGAAAAUAAGAAGAAGAGAGAUGAUAAAGAUAGUGACAGUAAGAAAAAGGAUGGUGAUGGGAAUGAAGAGGAAGAGGAUGCAGAAGAUCAUCAUGAUGAAGAUUAUGAAAUGCAUGAAGUAGAAGAUGCUGAAAAUGAAGAGGAUGAGGAGGAAGAAGCCUAUGAACAAGGGGAUUAUGAAGAGGAACAUGAGGAAGAGCAUGAGGAAGAACAUGAAGAAGAGCAUGAAGAAGAGCAUGAAGAAGAGCAUGAGGAAGAACAUGAAGAAGAGCAAGAAGACGAGCAAGAAGAAAAUGAAGAGGAACAUGAAGAAGAGCAGGAUGAGGAACAAGAACAUGAGGUAGAAGCAGAAGAAAGUAUACCCAAGGAAGCAGAAAGCCAGGAGGAAGUAGGUGGCACAGAGUCUGAAAACCAGGCAGAUGAUGAUGAUGACAUUAAGAUUAUCGACCAAGAGGAGGCACAAACUACAGAAGCAACACAACCAGAUGAAGAGAAUACUGGAGAUGAUCCAGCUCAAGAAGCAAAGGAAGAGGAAGAAGAAGAAGAAGAAGAAGUGGUUGAAAUACCCAAGCCCAGAGCCACACGAGGCCGAAGGGCCAGAGGAAGAGGGAGGGGUCUGCGUCUAUCCUCAGACGAAUUGUUAGAAUCAUCACCACCACUCCUUCAUCCAGAUGAGAUAGUCAGUGCUCACCUGGGUCCCCAAUCUCCAGUAACAUGCUUAGUGUGUUUGGCUCACAAGUUAUUUGUCAUAAGAUUUUCUGUUAAUUGUGUAAAGUUGUCAGCUGAAUAG